CAGACGACUGACCAUCCAAACUAUGAUAGCUGUGUGCCUGUGUCUGUGUGUCGUACAAGUGCAGAGUGAAGGAAACACGUGGUUUUUUCCUCCGUGGUUCCAUAUCGAAGCGGUCUAUUUUUCAUUCUGAAAGUUAGUCUACACAGCCUUAAAAUGCCAAAAACGAAGCGAUUUCAAAAGAUAUCAUUGACUCAAACGAAGAAAAAAGGGCUCGGUGGAAAGCAGCAGUUAGUGGAAGACAUUAGAUCAUGUGUUGAGAAAUAUUCACACUUGUACCUUUUUUCAGUUCAAAAUAUGAGGAGUAACAAACUUAAAUCUAUUCGAAAUGAAUGGAAAGACAGCAGGUUUUUUUUGGGGAAAAACAGAGUGAUAGCCAUUGCCUUGGGACGUUCAAAGGAAUCAGAAUGCAGAGAAAAUCUUCAUGAAAUCUCCAAAAGGCUUAAGGGACAGUGUGGCAUUGUCUUCACUGAUAAAACUAAAGAAGAAGUUACCAAAUAUUUUGAAAAGCAUAUUGAAUCUGACUAUGCAAGGUCUGGUAACAAUGCUACUGAAACUGUCAUUCUUCAACCUGGUCCUUUAGAGCAAUUUCCAUUCAACAUGGAACCCUACCUUAGACAGCUUGGUCUACCAACAUCCCUUCAAAGAGGUGUUGUCACAUUAUUGAAGGAACACACAGUCUGCAAAGAGGGAAAUGUCCUGACUCCAGAAGAAGCCAGGCUUUUGAAAUUGCUGUGCAUACAUAUGGCUGAAUUCAAGGUGACCGUUGAAGCUGUUUGGCAAAAAGAUGGAACGUUCGAAGAAAUUGGACAUGGAGGCUUGUUGGUGGCACAAGACGAUGCAAAUGAAACGGAGUCGGAAAACGAAGAUAUGGAGUAAGGUUUCCCGUAUUUUUUUUUUUUUUUUCUGAAUGAUAAACUGUAUUGGUGUAUCAACGAGGGACAUAGUCGUUAUACAAGUGACUAAUGUUUACCUAUGGUCAUCCUUAUGUACAUCAUCUUGUUUUACAAAAAAAAAAAAAAUGAAGAACAAGACGCUCUACAUUUCAAGCGAAUGAAAUGUACAAAACAAAAUUACACGUUUCAUUUCAA